GUGUGCUUGUCGAACUGUUGAGGCCACAAACAAGCCCCAAGACUCGGGCGCAGUCUGAAACAUGCAUCAAUCGCCACAAACAAACAAUGCGGAAAAUGGCCGGGGUGCGCUCAUUUGUCUUACUGGCCUGCACAGCUCGUCGAAUCAACCGUCGCGGUCGGAUCGGCCCACGCAAAUCAGCCCAAGAAUCGAAAAGUCCGAUAGGGAAGCCUAGCCUCAAUUUCAGCUCUGUUGAAGCGGAUCCCAGGAAGCCCCCUUCCGAGGCGCCGUCCAGUGUACGCCGAGAAAAGGCUCGCUUCACGCUAUCCGAAACACCUGAGCCUUGGAUAGGCCUGGCAAAAUGAGGAAAUCCUGGGGAGAUUUGACUCGUGGAUCGCUUGGAAACUGGGCCCUUUUGGGGCUGGAAACUGGGAGGGCCAGUGCCAGAAGUAUUUGACUCCCUGUUGCGCCCAAACCUGGCUGACCUGAUCUGUGUUCUUGAGGCCACCGGUUGUCUGUAUCCUCCCGUGCUGGCACUUUGCGCCGCGACAUUCGUUUCUACGCUCGUUCCUCCGUUCUCGAUUGAGUCUGAUUCAUUUUCGCUUCUCUUCAAAUCGCAUUUUAUACCGGCGACUUCGGCCUCUUCUUUGCGACAAUUGACAUCCCCUAUAGUCUCCUACGAGAGAUUCUGGUAUCAAGAUGCGCUUCUUCACUGCCUUCGCCACCUUCGGGCUCAUUGCCUUUGCCGCUGCGCAAAACGCAACUACGACUGCUGAGUCGACCAAAGCCAGCAUUGCUUCCUCAACGGGCGCAUCCUCUGCGGCUGCCACCGCAUCCCUGAGUCCGCAAGUCAAGUGUCUGCAGUCCUGUGGUUCUGCGGACGUGUGCUGCCAGGCGAAAUGCGUCGGAGUCCCAUGCCCGUCUCAGCUCCAGGCGAAUGCGACGACGGAAUGCGCUGCCCAAUGCCCACAGGGUAAUGGCACGGCCGGCGAGACUCAACAAUAUGCUUCCUGCCAGGCGUCUUGCAUCAGCUCUUACUUCCUGACUGCCUCAUCCACUGCUGCUCCCACUGCCAGCCAAACCGGAAGCAGUUCCUCUGCCACAGGCACGUUUGCUUUUGGACAAGGCAGCGCAACCACAACCGACGGUUCAGCAUCAGCAACGGCAGGCGGCUCGUCCUCUGGAGCGUCAGCUUCGGCUUCGGCUACAGGGUCAUCUGGGAAUGGCGCCAACAACCUCCAUGUCGGUAGCGCGGGAUUCGGGUUUCUGGCUCUUGUCAUGGCCGGCCUGGCUUUGUAGAGGUCAGGAUUACCUGGCGAACUGAGAGAUGGCUUCACUUCUGAAAUUCUCAUAGCUUUUUUGGCGCCUGCUUCAAAUUCCUGAACGACAUUCCGACACGAUAAUCCUUGGGAGACUCAAACAACGUUAGAUGAUGGUAGCUUAGCUGUCCCCAUUUAUGGGCAACAAGCAUCUUGACCGAUCAUUCAUAUCUCAUCUCUGUGCAAGAAUAAUUCCCGGUCAUUGUGCUAGAUAGCUAGUUCCCAACGGAGCAGCAGUAUGAGUAGGUCUAAGAGGCUUAGAAUCUCUGCGUAGGGCUCUUGAACUGCAAUUGCUGCAGACGGCGAAUUGGCAUAACGGGUGCUUGCACCUCGAGCAAGUCCAAGUUACUGCACUACCUAACCGCAUCAGGCUUGGCGAUGAGGCUGCG